CUGAUACAGGAAGCGUUAAAUAAAAUCAAUGCUUGAAAUGAGCGGAUAAGUCGCCGGGGUUAAUCAAAUUAAUGAUCGAAAAUUUCCAUUGUUUACUGAAAAUUGGGGAGAUUGGGGCCCACUCCGCCACAAGAACCAUUGUUCCCAAUUGUCACUCCUAUGGAGCGUAUUCGGCGUUAUGAAGAACCUCCCUCCUAUGAAGAGUUUCUUCAUAAUCACCUCCUUCCCAAUGAACCGGCCAUUAUUGGGCCAGCCUUGACAGCUCACUGGAGGGCACGUCACGAUUGGGUGGUGCCUACCGAUCAUGUUACCCAUGAAUUACAACCUCGAUGCAAGCCUAACUAUGCUUUCUUACGCCAACAAUUUGCAGCUGCGAAAGUGACGGUUGCUGAUUGUCUUGAACGGGAUUUCACGGAUCAGAAACGUUGCGACAUGACAUUUAAUGAAUUUGCGGAUCUGUGGGAGAAAGACAGUGGACGAUAUUACCUCAAAGACUGGCACUUUGUGCAUGAUAUGAACGAGAAAGAAGCGCCUUUUUAUGAAGUGCCUGAUAUUUUUGCAGACGAUUGGCUCAACGAGUACUGGUUGCAAAAGACAGAUGGUGAAAAGGAUGAUUAUCGUUUCUCGUAUAUGGGUGGACAUGCUACUUUCACCCCAUUUCAUGCCGAUGUUUACAGAUCCUAUUCCUGGUCAAGCAAUAUCUGUGGCAUCAAAAAAUGGACCUUAUUUCCACCAGGACAAGAGGAACUCUACAAAGAUCGGUUGGGCAACACGGUGUACGAUAUUCGAUCUGCGGAUCCGAAGCAAUUCCCUCAUUUCGAAAAAGCAGUGCGAUUCGUAGUAUACCAGCAUGACGGGGAAACACUAUUUGUACCCAGUGGAUGGUUCCAUCAAGUGGAGAACAUUGGAGCGACAAUUUCUAUCAAUCACAACUGGUUAAAUGCGUGCAAUCUGAAAUUCAGUUACCCUUCGCUGGCGAAGGAUUUAAACGAUGUACGACGGUCGAUUGAUGAUAUUCGCCCAUUAACGACGCCGCUUGAAUUCACCGAUCAAUGUCAGCAAUUGCUAUUAAUGCACAGUGGUUGGAACUGGACUAUCCUGCUUCAACUAUUACAGCAUAUUGCUUGUCGCCUUUCGCAGCAGUCUACGUGUUUGCUUCAACCCGAUGCCCAAUUUCAAAAAGAACAGAUUCGAGUGCUCAUGAGUGCCUUGCGACAAGAACCACUGUUUUCCGAUUUUGUUACGGAGCAUGAUCUUACUUCUUGUGUAAAAACGAUCGAUGAGUUGGAAUGUGCUGUAACAUUAAGCGAAUGAACGUAUAAGCAUUACUUGAACGUGUUAAUAGAAAACAAAAUCUACAUCCUAGGACUAUAUUUGUUGUCACUUCAUUUUUUUUGCCAUAGAAACAUAAACAAUGGGUUAUAAAUGAG